UAUUACUUGUAUUCAGUGAUAUUUAAAAAAAAAAAAAAUAAUUUAGAUGACAACAUGCAUCCAGACUCCAGCUCUGAGUUCGACUCAUCGUCCAGCUGCAGCACAGCAUCGCCUGGCGGGGACACCCCCGGCUGCAGCCUGCAUCCUCCCCACUGGCUUUCAUCAUCAGUGGACAGCAGCGUCAAGGACAGUGACACCAGUGCAGCAGACACCUUUGUUCCGACCGUGACUACAGUCUCAACCUCGCCUGAUCUGAGGUGGAUGGUGCAGCCGGCAGUCAUCACAUCCGCCUCUCCGUCACGUCCUCGUGCCAGGACCAAGACGCGGUGCACACCGCCAUCACCACCUCCACAGCCUUCAGGUGCAAACAAGGCGAAGUCCUCCAGCAGGAAAGCACAGAAGGAGCAGUCUUCCAGAGAGGAGGAGGAGCGGCGGAGGAUCAGGAGGGAGAGGAACAAGAUCGCUGCAGCCAAGUGUCGUAACAGACGGAGGGACCUGAUAGACACGCUACAAGCUGAAACCGACCAGCUCGAGGAGGAGAAGUCCGACCUCCACACGGAGAUUUCAGAGCUGCUGAAGGAGAAGGAGAGACUGGAGCAGGUCUUAGCCUCCCACAAACCCUCCUGUAAGCUCCCUGCAAAUAGUGCUGAUGAUGAUGAUGUUGAUGUUGAGGAGGAGGAGAAUGAAGAUGGCGUCAACACAAUGCUGCAGGAUCCCCCGACCUCCCCACAGCUGCUGUCCAUUAUAGAGGAUGGAAAAACACCAGGGAGCACAACAACAGUUGGAGACACCGCGAUUGGCCAAGACAUGGACGAUGUCCCUUGCUUUCCUGCCGCAGCCAUUUUGGGGAACUCCAACAUCCUCCUGUGUUCGAGCGCGGAGGACGACGACCUGGAGGACUUGAGAGGAGAUGACCUGGACGACCUGGUGCCCAGCCUGGAGAUGGCGGUGACCUCUGAGGCGCCCGCGUCCGUCCCCGACGUGGACCUGAGCGGCCCCCUCUGCCUCUCAGACUGGGAAACCCUGUACAAGUCCGUGGCGAACGACCUUGAAUCUCUGAGCACACCGGUCAUGUCUUCCAGCCCCACUUGUAGCAAUUACCGCACAGUGUUCUCCUUUAAUUACUCUGAGAUUGAUGGCUUGGCUGAGGGCUGCGAGAGCUUCAAAGGCAGCCUGGGAGCGUCCGAGUUAAUGAAAGAUAGUCUUAACUCUCCCACUCUUCUGGCCUUGUGAAUGGGGAAACGAGCGUUAUGCAACGGUACUGUAAAUGUAUCACAAUCAGCCAGCAAAAUCUGACUCAAGUAACCUUUUGUAGUGUGUGUUUUGGUGUUGUGCAAAACCCGAACAACAAAGGUUGUGUGUGCGACACAAAUGUUCUGUGAUUUCUUCCACGCUGCUGCUGCUGCUGCUGCUGCUGGUGCAGUGAGACGAGACUUUGUGCUGGUGUCAAAAAUGCAUGCAAAUUACAUGUCGCGUGUUCUCCAGAGUUUUUAAAAAACCAAAUGUGAUGUGAAGUUCAGUCAUGCUCAAUAACCUAUACUGUGUGUGUGUUGAAAAAGUUGUGUUGUGACAAUUGAACAAAUAAAAAGAAGAAGAAGAAGAAGGGUUAUACAUGUGUAGCACAAUGUCGCUGUAACUUCAUAUUUUCUUUUUAAAAAAAAAGUCAUAUUGUGUAUUUUAUCAAGAUGUAUUUUAUGACAUAGUUUAUUUUUUUACUUAUAAAAAAAUAUGAUCAGAUGCAAAAAUUGUAUAAUGCUGGAAAUAAAGUGAGACAAAUG